CCGCCCCCGGCAGCAGGGUAGGCGGCGCCCUGGCGGCGGCAGGAAGGGGCGGGCGCGCAGGGCCGGGAGCCCGACAUGGUGGGCGCCGGGGCGCGGGGGGCGCCGGCCGCGCCGCUGCCGCCGCCGUUGCUGCUGCCGCCGCUGCUGCUGCUGGCGGCGGCCCUGCUGCGGGGCGCGGCGGCGGGAGGCCUCGCCGACAGCGUCGUCUGGGCCGUCAACGCGGGCGGCGAUGCCCAUGUGGACGUGAACGGCAUCCACUUCCGCAAGGACCCGCUCGAGGGCCGCGUGGGCCGAGCUUCUGACUACGGCAUGAAGCUGCCGAUCUUGCGGUCCAACGCCGAAGACCAGAUUCUGUACCAGACCGAGCGUUACAACGAGGAGACCUUUGGCUACGAAGUUCCCAUCAAAGAGGAGGGUGACUAUGUGCUGGUCUUGAAGUUUGCCGAGGUGUAUUUUGCACAGUCUCAGCAGAAGGUAUUUGACGUGCGCUUGAAUGGCCACGUAGUGGUGAAGGACUUGGACAUUUUUGACAGAGUUGGACACAGCACAGCUCAUGAUGAGAUCAUUCCCAUGAGUAUCAAAAAGGGGAAACUGAGUGUCCAGGGAGAGGUUUCCACAUUCACGGGGAAGCUCCACAUUGAGUUUGUAAAGGGCUACUAUGACAAUCCGAAAAUCUGUGCCCUAUACAUCCUGCAAGGAACAGUGGAAGAUGUUCCGAAGCUGCAGCCUCACCCUGGUCUGGAGAAAAAAGAGGAAGAAGAUGAUGAAGAUGAAUAUGAUGAUGGCUCCAGUGUUAAAAAACAGGCAAAUAAGAACCGGGUUCAGUCAGGCCCACGCACACCAAACCCCUAUGCCUCAGACAACAGCAGCCUCAUGUUCCCUAUAUUGGUGGCCUUUGGUGUCUUCAUUCCUACCCUCUUCUGCCUCUGCCGGUUGUGAGAGCAAGCCCCACCGAGCAUCAGCAGCGGGGCUGGGAGGGAAGGAGUUGGACCAAACACGGUUGCUUUCAAUUUCUCCAUGUUCAUAAUUUAAGGAAGAGAAGAAAAAAAAAAAGUGAUUUACUUGGAAUGAAUAGCAGAUCCAGGUAAGAGGGAGCUUACCUUCCCCCUGCCAGCAAGCAGUGAGGCCCUCGCCUUCCCCUUCGCACCACGUGCAGCCUCCAGUCCUCCCUGGAGCAUUCGAGAGUAAACUGAAUCCUGGCUGUCUGUGAAUUGGGCUGUUGGAAGCUGAUGCUAGCAGUCCCGGGCCAUGUCCCACACUGAGAGAAAGCCAUGUGCUGCAAGAUCUCUGCCUUUGCUGGGUGAAGUAAGGUUCCUAAGCAGGGAAGCAGCCCUUAAAACCAGGCCCGGGUACACAUCUUGUCCAGGAGUGGGGAAAUGUUGUGGUGCCAUGAAGGGACUAACGACUGUGAAGGACAGAGGUUGGCUCUUCAACAUCUCCCUGAGUGUUUGCAACACGAUGUACGGUACUCGCCUGCAUAAAGAUACCAAGACUCCAACUUGCUGCUCAGCCUCUGCGGAGAAGUUCCCCUCCUAAGAGUGCAAGCUGCGCCAGGAGCAGAGGGAUUUAUCUGGCCUGAUUUGCUGCACCAGUUGGGAGAGACUUUCCUAGUCUGACAAUUGUAACGGUUGAUCCAUUGCAGAGGGACUCUGCUGUAGCCUGCAAGAGGCUGGUGUUCUGUUAGCGUCUGUUCAGGAUGCACUUAUUUUCUGUACUGAUUAUGGCUUUUGUUCCCUUUAAUCUUUUUCUUUUCAAAGGUUGAUUUUAAGCUCAGUUCCUUGUCUUGCCCUUUCUAGCAAAUGACCUCUCCUUUGGGAGAAGCUGAGCCUAGAUGACCUAGAAAGGAAGUUCUGGUCUUAUUCCUCGAGCUUGCUAGCAGUUUGGCCCCUCCAUGUCUGCGACCGACCUGUGCUGUAGGACAGAGUGGUGCCAGCCUGCGGCUGCUCCCCGUGAGCACUCGUGCCCUGUCGUACAGACCAGGCCUGCCUGCAGCAGUGGGAAAUGCAGUGGAGGUGGUUAGUGUCUUCAGUCAGUAUAGGCUUUUGCAUAUCAAGGCGCUGGGUGAAGGGGCAGAUGUCCAACAUUUCAGUACUAGAGAACAAGGUGGUUUGUUGCCCUCCAGAGAUCUGGAAAUGAACAGGAUACUUGAGAUGAGGCCCAUCCGUUUCCCUGGUUGCCUGGUGACAGGCUGGUGAGCCAGGUCACCCGCGGUUCCCCAGGGAUGUUUCUGCAAGAGGCUUCUGUUUCCACAUGCAGAGCCUGUGCCUGCCUGACGGAGGCUGAGCAGCAGAACAAAAGCCCUCGCUGCGCCUGUCGAUCUCGACCUGCAGGCCCUGGGAGCUGCCCUGCCGUCCCGCGGCCUUGGCCUCUGCCGGGUGGAGCACUUCCAGCUGGCAGGAGGGCGGGAUGCUCUCCAGGGAUGCUCUUUGGGCGCAAAAGGCAUCUGGCCUGGUUAGUGGGGGUGCUGCUCGCUGCGGCUGGCUGGGUCAGCUUCGAUCCUGAUGAGCCAGGCCUAGGCGCAGAGCUCGCUUUAGCUUGUGUUACCUUCUUUUCAUAAAUACUCUCUUCACCUGGCACAGCAGCACUGAGCAGUGUCCUCCUUGCUUCUGCUGCUCCUCCUUGGACCUGAGUUUUCCUUGUGGUGGUUCUUGGGUGGCUUGGUCCUUAGCCUCUCCUCAAGCUGAGAAGGGCCAGCAGAAUUUGAGGAGAAGCCUGUCUGCUCUGCCAGGCCGAGCAGCUGAAGCCGUCGCUUCCUCCUAACCCUUGAGGUGUGAGAUGUUGUUGGCCUACGGGCUCCAGGACAGGAGCUUGGGGAGCUGUCACAGCACUGGUCCCUGUAGCAGCGCUGAACCUCAGCUUUCUGAUUGCAUACGUUGCUGCUUCGGGCCUGACCCUAAUUCUGUGUCUGUGAGCUGAACAGCAAGUUGUAGGAUCUUAAUUAACUUAUUCAUUGCACAUGUGGCAGAAGUGUGGCUGUGGUAACAGCCACAGUUCGGGAGAAGCAAGAGGGUGCCUGACCAUACUGGAGGGAGAAGGCAGGCUUUCGAGAAGGGCAGAUCUUAAGAGCAAACCUUAGGAUGCAAAGGCAAUACGCUUGAAGUUGUCUGCUUCAUCUUCUAGCUCUGGUUAAAAUCCUAGUACUCUGAAAACUCUUUAAUGCAAGCUGUUUCUGUGGUGGCAGUGCCUGAGAAGGCUUCUCAGUGUUUGUUGGGUUGCUCCAACUGGCUCACAGAGAUGUUCAGAUCUUAAUCGGUUUGGAGAAGCAUGAACUGCCCUGAUUUGUUAGGCAAAGAACCUGGCCUUGAAAGCAGGCUGCUCCAUGCAGAGCUGUUCUCCUCCAGGCCUUCUAGCUUGUGCUUUCUUUGGGCAUCCCUGAGGCAGAGACUCGCUCGCCUUUUGUGGCUCACUCACCGGUGAUCUCUGUGCCCCGCAUGGGAAAAGUGGCCUGUGCCGAGGCCUGCGCGAGCCGGAGACGGGUCUUCUAGGAGAGCUUAUUUCUGCCUUCGCUGGCAGCCAGGAUGCCGGUUCUGUGUCGUCGGGCUCCCUGAGGCAGAGCUGUGCAGGGCUCCAACUGCUGUGUUCCAGUUGCUCAGUUCGAAUGAAUUUGUUGCAUUUGAAUAAGAAGAAGGAGGAGGAAUCUUCCAGCCUUGAUGGCUUCAGCCUAGUAGUUUUGGCUCGGGUUUAUCCGUCUUUGUCACUAAUGCAAAGCUGGCAUUAGCUCUUUAGGUGACUGGGGUUUGCGGACCCUGUUACGGUGCUGUGAGCAGUUUUCUUUGGUCCGUCUCCCCGUCAGGUUUGACUCAGAUGAAGCAGUGGGGGAACACAGGAGGAUGGUGGAGACAGCGGGUCAGCCCCUCCGUGGGGAUGGCGUACGUGCUCGGUCGGCUCGCCUUUGUCACCUCCGGCACCCGCGCGCCGGUCGAGUGGGCGUUCUGCGCUGCCCGGCCCCAGCGAGGGAGAGGAGCGCGAGUCGGCUGCGCCCUUCCACCCUGGGGGCACGAGGGAGUGGCCAGGAGGGUGUUCAGCUGCGCCCAGGUGAGAACAAGGCCGCUUUGCUGCGUGGUUGCAUGGAUAGGGGCAGACGGGGCAACCUUAACGGAGCUCCUCGCUGGGGGUGAUGUUCUGGGCCUGGCUCGGGCCCUGGUGCCGUGGUGGCGAUGCCUGUUUUCAUCCUUCCUCCUCAGGCCCUCCAUGCUGUCCCAGCUGGCGGUUGUCUCCUGCAGUGUGUGUCCUCGACUCUUGUACCUUUAAGCCAGGCCUUCCGUUUUCCCUUCUGGGUGUGAGACUGGAACAACAGCUCUGGGCCUUUUGGGAAUCCCAGGUGGCAAUGAGCAGAAAGCCAAAUAAAUUCCCGUCUCUUUUUUUGGUGCCUUUAUGUUGGGCUUUGAGUAAAAGUCCGUUUGAAGAAGCUGCUUUCUUGAGGGAGCUUCUGAGGUUUCCUUUCCCAGGGACAGGCCUUCCCUGCCCGUGGUCAGCGGGGACUGGCGCGCUCUCCCUCGCUGCCGGCUCCGGAGGUCCCAGCUGAAGCACAGAACCGCCUGUGACUGCCUUGGGCUCCAGCCCUGGAGGUCAGCGGAAGGAAAGAGUAGCAGGGGUAGCAGAACUGGAAGAGCUUCUUUAGGUCUGGUCUCCCCGGGAUCUCCUGCGGGCAGGAUGGAGGCCUUCCAGGCAGCCUGGUGCCUGCUCGUCUGCGCGCCGGAGCCGGGGGAGUCUCGGCUGCCUCCUGGGCAGCCGCGUGGUGCCUGGAGCGUCUGCGUGAGGAGCGUGUCUGGCCACGGGCCCUGCCCCCCCAACCCGGGGGUGUCCCCCGCUCUGGUGGGGUGGGAAUGGGGAGCAGUGCCUUGUGCCUCAGCCUUCCCUCGAGUCGAAACGGGACGGCGACAGCCAGGGACGUGCGGCGAUGGUGGAGUCUGGGCUGGACGGCCUUUGGUGGGAAGCAGGAGGAGGGGAGGACCCGCAGAGCAGCCUCAGCCCUCGAUGCGAGACUGAUCCGCGCAGACGUACUGGGUGUUUCAGGCUGCCGAAACGUGGGAGCGAGCUGUCUGCUCCCGGCGCUCGCCCGGCUGGGAGGGAAGGCUCCUCGCUGGGAACGCGGCCGAAACGGGAGCCGGUGCCGGGCUGACUGACCUGCCGCGGCCCCUCAGCAGGCGCCGAGGUCUAACGCGCUUCACGGAUGCUCCUUGGGUCAGCCGGGAUCCUGCGGGAUUCGUCCCGGGAGCGGCUGCGGGGCAGGCGGGGGCGGGUCCAUGUCUUCCGGGACUCUGGCUUGCUCAGAGUUUAUUGCUGUAUAUUAAAUACUAUUUUUGGAGGUGGGGGGGAGGGGGAGGGCCGAGGCAGCGCUGUUGCCAGGCUGAGCGGUGGGACGCUAUUGCAGGUUAUCGAUAGGUUUUGAUUUAUUUUUUCCAAAAAGUGCUUUAUUGAGGAGAAAAAAGAAAAAAGUGCUUUCCUCCCUCCUAGAAACAGUGCUGGUGAGCAGAAACGUGAAUGACCUCCUGCAGACACCGCAGGUCUCCGCUCCAGCGGCCGUGCGAGGGGGAUCUCGAGGCCGCUCGCCCGGUGGGGGCCGGGGGCAGGCACGAAGUCCGGGUGCUCGUCUCCAGCACACGGGGUUUUGAAGGAGGAUUUUUUUUUCUUGUUACUGUCCAUUGCUUUGUGUUACGACAACUUGCAGUGACUUUUUAUUUUCCAGUUUGUUUUGCAUCGAGCUUGGGCCCCGGGUGAAAAGCACAGACGUCUGUUCCUGGUUGCAUUGGCUUUGCGAAGACUCGUUUGGGGGGGAGAGACGGGUGUGGGGGUGGGUUAUUUUAUUUUUGGUACACGGUAGCGGUUUUAUUUUGUGACUUCCCCCAGGAUGUUGGGUUGAGGGCAUGUUCUGAAUCGACUGUCUGGCAGUUUUAGCCAGCAGUGCGUUCGAGGAAAAUAAACGAGAUUAUAUUGUC